AUGGGAGGAACAGAGGAGGAGAUUAAGCAGAAACACCAGGAAGGGGAGGAAAAAUUCGAAGAGAAAGCCGAGGAGAAAGUAACAGAAGAGAAAGUCAAGGAGAAGAAGAAAAAGAAAGACAAGGAAAGCAAGGAAAAGGGAGAAGGUGAUGAUGAUAAACAUGAAGAGAAAGAAAAGAAGAAGAAAAAGAACCCUGAAGAUAAGAAUGAUCCAUCAAAACUUAAGCUCAAGCUCGAGAAACUCAACACAAAGAUGCGCGAUUUAGAAACUAAGAGAGGGGAGAUCUUGAAAGCCAUUGAAGAAGCUGAAAAGAAUGCAGUUGCUAACCCAAACAAAGAAGAUGAUCUUAAUCUUAAACAAGACUAA